AACCCAACCCCAGUUCGCCCCCACCGAUCCAGCGGUACACCUCACCACACACCCACACGGCCACACCCCACUCUCUCUCUCAGAACAAGCACAGUCUCUCUCUCCUCAUCUUGGUUUUGUUGGCAGGACGCGGUUUUCCUCACAGCCUCGUCUAUUUCCCUCUCCUAAUUCUCUUCUCUUUAUAUAUACAAGUGUAUUUAUUUUGGCAUCGGUGAUUGUAAGAGGCUACAAUUUCCGGCUAAGGUUGAGGCCGGAAUUAUCAGUCUGAUCCUGGGAGGAGACAAGGAGUUAAGCGGCAUUUCCCGGUGAUUUUUUUUGUCGGUGAUCGGCUAGAGAUCGGAGUUCGAUGCAAUGUGGCUAGGGAAUUGAGUUUUUCUCGAGGCUGUUUCGUGAAAUUCGGUGAGGGUUUUACUGGAUGAUAUUUUGUUUUUUUGUGUGAGCUGUUUCGGUGAGGUCUGGAAUUUGGAUCUUGGAGGUUUGGAUUGGUGGUGAAGACGAAACGAAAGGAGAGGGGAGGUUUUUUAUUGUACUGAAUCUGGUUAAAUAGGCAAAAAAACUUUGGUUUUAUUUUGAUUUUUGAUUCGGCAUUGAAGUUAAUUUUAAGAGAAUCGGUGCUUGGUGUAGGACAGAGAGAGAGGUGUAUAUGGAUGCUUAAGAGUGGUAGAAGGAAGAAAGAAAAAUAGAGAAAGGGGUUUGAGAAAGAGGAUUGAUGUGCAGGUUUGAGAAGAAGGAGAAGAAAGAAAGAAGAAUGGGAUUCAAGUCUUUUGGAGGAGAGAAAUUCAAGACGACGAUGGGUACAAGUACGUCGCCGUCGAGGUCGAAAAUGAAGCUGUGGAUGAUACGCGCAACGACGUCGGUUUUGCUCUGGACCUGCAUCGUUCAACUGACGGCUUUAGGGGACACGUGGGGACCUAGGGUUCUCAAAGGAUGGCCUUCUUGCUUCUCUCAGGAGUCCGAUAGCGCCAUCUCCGUUCUGCAAGACAAUACGCCGUCCGUACAGACUAGAAUACUUCCUCCCAAGAGGGUUUAUAAGAACAAUGGUUAUCUGAUGGUCUCCUGCAAUGGAGGGCUUAAUCAAAUGAGAUCAGCGAUUUGUGACAUGGUCGCUAUUGCAAGAUAUCUGAAUGUCACACUUAUAGUUCCCGAAUUGGACAAAACAUCCUUUUGGGCAGAUCCUAGUGAGUUUCAAGACAUAUUUGACGAGGACCAUUUCAUUGCCUCUUUAAGAGAUGAGGUUCGCAUAUUGAAGGAAUUGCCUCCCAGGCUCAAAAGAAGAGUGGAACUAGGUGGAGUGUAUACAAUGCCACCAGUUAGUUGGUCUGACAUUUCGUAUUAUCAUAAACAGAUUCUUCCUCUUAUACAAAAGUAUAAAGUGGUACAUCUCAACAGAACUGAUGCGAGACUUGCCAAUAAUGGUCAACCUUUGGAGAUUCAAAGGCUACGCUGCCGUGUAAAUUUUAAUGCUCUAAAAUUCACUUCUCAAAUAGAGGAAUUGGGUAAAAGAGUUAUCAGCCUUCUUAGGCAAAAUGGUCCUGUCCUAGUACUUCAUCUAAGAUAUGAGAUGGACAUGUUAGCAUUUUCUGGAUGUACCCAAGGUUGCAACAAUGAUGAGGUGGAAGAGUUAACAAGAAUGAGAUAUGCUUAUCCCUGGUGGAAAGAAAAAAUAAUAAAUUCUGACUUGAAAAGGAAAGAUGGUCUGUGUCCUUUGACACCAGAAGAAACUGCUCUUAUUUUGACUGCAAUGGGAAUUGAACGCAAUGUCCAGAUAUAUAUUGCAGCUGGUGAAAUAUAUGGUGGAGAGAGGAGAAUGGCAAGUCUAGCAAAGGCUUUUCCAAAAGUGGUUAGAAAAGAGACAUUAUUGAAUCCAUCAGACCUUAGGUUUUUCCAGAAUCACUCAUCCCAGAUGGCAGCAUUGGAUUAUCUUGUUUCAUUGGAGAGUGACAUCUUUGUUCCCACAUAUGACGGAAACAUGGCUAAAGUUGUUGAAGGCCAUCGCAGAUCUCUUGGGUUCAAGAAGACAAUAUUGUUGGACAGAAAGCUUCUCGUUGAUUUGAUAGAUCAAUAUAGUAGUGGAUCACUUGCUUGGGAUGAAUUUUCAUCUGCUGUCAAGGAAACUCAUGCAGAACGCAUGGGGAACCCAACUAAAAGGCUGGUGAUCCCUGACAGACCCAAAGAAGAGGAUUACUUCUAUGCCAAUCCAGAGGAGUGUUUAGAAUUGUCGGGCAAACAAUUAAGCAGUACGUGAGCAUUUACACUAGGAAUAUUUUGUGACAUUCAUCAUCAGUGUUCUCCCACAUUGGUAGUAGCUUUUAAUUAACAAAGAUCCUUAAGAGAAUUCUCUAUGGAGGAGUGGUAUGGGAUUUUGUUCAGAAUAGAGGCCAUGAUGAAAGAUUAUUUGGGACCUGGUAAAAGAAUUCCAAGAAGAGAAGAAAAGCCUGAGAGGAUCUAUGGAUCAACUGGAGGACCAAUCAUAUCUUUAUUAUAUAUUAUAUAUAAAUAUUGCCAAAUAAUCCACGCAAAAUUUAUGUAUAGAAGAAGCCACCCUACGAUUUACAGGGUGAGAACAGAUCCAACUGCAACUUACACGAGAGAAACAUGCCCACAAAGAGGGAACUGCUGGAGUCAUGAGAGGUCAAUAUCCUUUGCAUUUCUCUUGGUUUCCUUUUUUUCUUUUAGUUUUUUUUAUUGGAUAUGUAGUAGUAAGCCCAUGGUUUCGUGCUUUCGUGGCCAGAAAAGUAGUACCAUUUCUUUUAAUAUUUUUCUGUUUGCACAUAUUGUUACCUCAUUCCUGUUUUGCGGCGUGCCUAUAUAUAUAAAUUUAUAUUUUCAAGGAGAUAAAACAGGGAAUGAAGUGUGCGAGGUAUUAAGUAUAUACUUUUUGCAAAUUACGUAAAUGAAUUUAAAUGUUCCUAGACUGGUAAA